GUUUAUGGUUUUAGCAACAUUAUUUUAUCUGUCGGUAUUGAUUUUAUUGACAUUUAAAUUAAAAAUAUUAAUUAUAAAAAACCAUAAAAUUGGGCAUCAUUUAGUGCAUGAAAUUGAGGUAAUUGGACCCAAACUAAUCCUAAUUGAAGUUAGGAAAAUGUUAUUGGACCAGAUAGCAGUUGCGCAGGUAAAGUACGGAGUAAUAAGGAGUUGCGCAGUUAUAAUUCUUUUCCGCCGGAUCACCGAUUUUCCCUUCCAUUCUUUUCUGUCGAGCGAUAAACCGGAUAGGAAGCCGACUCUCUUUGAUUCUUCCGUCGUCAUUAUUUCUGGACAUCGCCGCCAUCUUAAGUCGCCGUCCUCUUCGUUCUUCCGUUCUCGCUCUUCGUGCAGCAACGCCGGCGGAAUUUGUAGCGCCGGUUCUUUAACCCUAAUUUCAAUUCCCUCGAUUAUCAAGGAGUGUGCAAUCAACUUAUGGAGGCUUGCCACAAUUUGGGCGGGAAAACCGCUUCUAAGGUUCAAGCUGAGGGAGAGAUAUAAUUGGGGUUGCACAGACGGGCCAAGGAAAGACUGGAGGUUUUGCAAUUCCCAUAAUGCAAGCACUCCUACCCGCAAAGCAUCCCCAGCCGAUCCGCCCAAUAGCUACGCAUUCUUUGCGUGCGUGCUUUCGUUGACUAGAGAACUUGCAGUUCAAAUCUGUCAACAAUUUAAUGCACUUGGAGCUGGAAUUGGUGCCAAGUGUGUAACGGUGAGCUCUCGGUUGAACCAAAUGAUCUCAUCAUAACGAAUUCAUCGUUAAGUAGACACAUCGUUAAGUAUUCCAUAGUCACAUAUGUCACCAAUUGUGUACUUAGCCGGACAGUGCUACCCAAUCAAUUGAGUCAAUAUUUUGGAUUGACGCUUGAAAAUUUAACAAGAGCAUGAAAAUCAAAAGAAAGACUCCAGAAUUUAGAAGCUGUGGUAUCAUUGGUUUUAAAUACCGUGGGUUCAACGGAUAAUCAAUCUGAAAUUGAUGACCUUACAAUUGAUGGUAAUACAACCCCGGAGAAAAGUCAUGAUGAUCGAUGGAACAAAGAUGAUGAAGUUGAGAGCACUGAACUUGAAGAUGUAUACAGUGUCGAGCAUUAAAGCUUUGGACAAUAUCUUCCAUAGCAACGCGUAUUUUAAUUUAGUUCACUUUGACUCUUUAUAUUGAGCUUGAAAGUGCAAAUGAUAAACUAAUCUUGAGAUUUUGGUUUACUUUCUAGUAAAUGUGUUAGUUUUAA